AUGGCAACUGAAUCAUCAGAAAUGGACACAGACACAACUGUUGCAUCAACAACAGAUGCAUCGAGUGGACAACGUAAACGAUUCGAAGUUAAAAAAUGGAAUGCAGUGACAUUGUGGGCAUGGGAUAUUGUAGUUGAUAACUGUGCCAUAUGUCGAAAUCACAUUAUGGACCUCUGCAUCGAAUGUCAAGCAAAUCAGGCAGCAGCAACAACUGAAGAAUGUACUGUAGCUUGGGGUGUUUGCAAUCACGCUUUUCAUUUCCACUGCAUAUCACGAUGGUUAAAAACACGUCAAGUAUGUCCAUUAGAUAAUCGCGAAUGGGAAUUUCAAAAAUAUGGCCGUUAA